AUGAGCUAUUUUAUGGACGACAGUAAGAAUGACAAAAUCCAAGCACAAGCGGAGUCCCUCAAGACCCGAUGGAGCCGUUGCUGUGCCGUGGUGGCAGUUUUCUGUGUAAUUGGGUACUUGUUCCAGCAUCAUGCCGCAAAUGGCGGCCAUCAUAGAGGAGGAGUAUCCCAUUUGGACGGCAGUCUCCCCAUGAAUUCCACCUACCACGGCAGUGCUGCCUCGGUUACCAAAACUGUCCCUGCAGAAAAAUCCAGUCAAGCAGAAUCUGAUGCCAAGGAAAAGAUUGAGGGUGUGACAGAAAAGGCUACCGAGACUGAUGCCUCCCAGGAAAAGACGGCUGAAAAACCCGCUGAACCUGAAAAGCCCGUGGAACCAGCCACUCCUGUCGAACCCGCAAAACCUUCUGAACCAGCCGCCCCUGUUGAACCCGAAAAACCCGCGGAACCUGAAAAACCCGCAGAACCAGCGACCCCCGCGGAGCCAGCUACCCCUGCUGAGCCUGCAAAGCCAGCGGAACCAGAACCACAACCUGCUGCAGCCUUGGAAGAUCAUAAUAGCAUCAAAGCUACAACAACGGCAGAUCUGCACACACCCACAAAGUUGCCUCGUUUGACCAAGGAACAACUCUUGAGUCCAUGGGAUUUGGCAGCCAACAAUCACGUCCCAGUUGACUAUGCAGGGGAAGAUUUUACCAAGAUUGCAGUCUUGAAGAAACGAUUCGCCGAAGGCAGGGCGAAAUAUGAGCAAGAGUUGAGUACUUUGUAUGGCGCAGACACAUACAAUAAUCUUUUCAAAAGGGGAGGAAUCAGUGUUGGAAAAAACAUCCUCUUUAAGAGCCCUUACGAGCAGGCGGUGGGACCCAAAGACAAGCACUUUAACAAAGCUCAUAUUCAUGGCUGGCCCCACUUUGUCCAAAAACUCAAGUUCAAAAUUCUGGGCAUGCAGCUCAAAUUUAUCGAGGCGGGAACUCCCACGACAACUUUGACUCGCUUUGUCCAUAUGCAUGGUGGGCACAGUGCGGGAGCGGCGCAUGGAAACUUUUUCGACGAAUCCUACACGGCCGAGAUGGAGCGACGUGUGCAGCCAAUCCUGCGACAACUUGGGAUCAACUAUGUUGGAAAGAAUUACGCCAUGGGUGGAACGCCAUCAGGGGAAGAAAUUGGCUUGUGCAACAAUGCCAUUUUUGGUAGGGACGUCGACCUCCAAUCCUGGGACUACGGUAUGACGGACGGCAAAGAGAAGUGGAAGCAAUACAAUUAUAUUCAACGUGCUGCCAUGAGGACAAACAUGCAGCCGGUUGGAACUGACUUUACGCCUCCUCGCCCUGCUUUCUGGGGCAUUCAUGUCGGCAUGUCUCCUCUUCAGGCAUUCUCCUCCUUGGAACAGCUUGGUGUAACGGUGCUGACAAUGGAUGACCGUACAAGAGUAUCCCAAAUGAUGUGGAUUCCAGAUUCCCGGAUGGCGUCAUCAGAGCAGAUUAGGGCAAUGCCAGAUCACCUGAGAUACUUCAAAUGCAACGGGCAAAUUGAGAAUGGUUCGCAGUGCAAGUUAAACAAAUACAAUCAUGAAGUGUGUGCAGAUCGAGCACACCAAGCAAGUUGGCAUCCGGGAUGGAAGAGCCACGCCCUUGAUGGAAACUUCAUGGCAAUCACACUUUUAGAUGCUUUGGAGCAGGCCCUUGAAGAGCUGGCCAUUGUUGAACCCGAAAAUGAAACCAAGGAGGCAGCCAAGGCACGCUUGGAGCAGCUGUGGAACGAAAUCGGGGCCGAAGAGGCCGGACGAUACGGGAAAGUGUCGCGCAAAGGACCUGUCUUGGGCAAUCGAUUCGGCAACGAAAAGUACAUCGAGGGCAAAAAAGACUUGGUGGGUCUUGUUGACUAUAGGGAGUUUGGAAAGCGAGUCAGUUACUGCCACACUGCCAGGUUGCCGGCCGAGUCUCGAUUCCGUGGCUUGACCACUGAAAACUUUGAUCGAACUACCAUGAAUGCUGGCGUGGAAAGACGAUUCGACGAGGGUUUCUUGCUGGACGAGGUAAUCGCAGCAGAGAGGGCCGGAAACAUCACCAUUAAUCCCGAGCCACACAGAAAGGAGCAGCCCCUUUUGGUGCACUCACCCUUGGAAGAUUGCACGAGGCCUACGUUUCUGGAUCACAAGGAUGCAUUCUUUGUGAGCAAAAAACAUGGAUGGCGACAUGUGAUCUUGCCAAACGACUCCGAGAAGCAGUUCUACACCGAAUUUGAUCCCAAGGCGGCCAAGUGGGUCAUGGCCUGUCUAGCUGGAUGUAACUGGGGAAAUUGCCCCCCCGAGGAGAUAAUUGAUAGCUUCCACAACGGCCAGAAGGGAUUCCACGCAUGGUUUGGAGGUGUUGAGUUCACGAUCAAUGGAGAAAAUGUUGAGCGUUUUAUUCCGACUGGUGCUGGCUGUGCUUUUGCAAAAGGUGCACAAGGGUUGGAAUGGGCUGCGAACGAGAAUGGUCAAUACGACAUAGCACUUCAAGUCACUGGUGGGUUGCCGGGUCAGUACUCGUACAUUCGAAUUUCUUCCUUCAUAUUGCUCUGA